GGACAGUUGGGUCCCAUGGCUAAGUUCAGCAAUCGGGUCCACUUUGCAGUGAACUCAUGGGACACACUACUGUGUGAGCAUAGUCAUGCAUUUUCUCGCUAUCCAACGCUCCAGGGCCCUUCCCCACUCCGCCUCUUCCUCGCCCACACCCUUCUCGUCGCUGCCAAGUGGGCCCGUCAUCACUCGGUCCCACCUGCCUGCCUCCUCCUCCUCUCCUUCCCCUCUCAAGUCUCGACGCUCCCCCUCCCUCCCCUUCCUUCCCGCACGGCAGAGCCAGCCACGGCCAUGGAGGAAAACGCGGCCUCGGAGAUCAGCGACUGGGAGGUGCUCUCCGCCGCCUCCGCCUGCGGGGGCGACAACGACGAGGUCGCAAUCGUCUCCGGCGGGGGCGGCGACGUCCUCCACGACCACUUCGCCCUCGUCCCCGCCGCUGCCGCGCCCUCCGAUGGCGGCUUCUCUGGCGAGGGCCCGUGGUCGGAGUCCAGCGUCGUCUCUGAUGGCGAGGAGCAGACGGCGGACUUAAGAUUAUUGGAUGGAUUCGAUUCGAUUUUGCAGGAAAGAUUCGAUCUUCGUGCUGGGGUUUCUAGCGACCAGUUGCAGGUGGUCGGGGUUGAUGAGGCCCGAGAAAGCUCGGUUCUUGAAGCUGACACGGCGUGUGACGCGACAUGGAGUCCUGAGGGCAGGCAAGCUGAGGCGGUAAACGUGGAGAUAGAGCAAGAAAAUAACGCCGCGCGCGGUUGCGGCGAAUUGGAGUCGAUUCUGCAUCGAGCUCGUCAUGAGUUGGGAGAAACUCUGGAUUCUGAUGCGACUACGGUCAUCGAUGCGUCGCAGAUUGAAUUAUCAGAGAAUUCUAAUGUGCAAUCAGAAGACGUAGGAGUUGAUGCUCGUAUAGAAAGCUCAUGUCUCGAGGGUGUUGUGACAACUGAUGGAGUACAGGAUGAACAAGAAGAGGAUGAGCAAAGGAACAAUGCUAAUUCUGCUUCCAGUUGCGAGGAAUCAGAUGGCGAGGUGAAGGAUGGUUCUUUGCCUCUGGUUCAUAACACGGGUACUGACGGUAUGGGAAAGAGGCAAGUGGUCUGGUGGAGGCUGCCGUUCAGGCUGCUGCAUUACUGUGCUUGGAAGGUGAAGCCGGUGUGGUCCUUUUCCAUCGCUGCGGCACUGCUGGGCCUGGCUGUGCUCGGGAGGAGGAUGUACAUGAUGAGGCGCAAGGCAAGGGGUCUUCCCCAGAUCAAGAUCGCGAUUGAUGAUAAGAGAGCCUCCCAGUUUGCAGAUCGGGCAGCACGUCUGAAUGAAGCCUUCUUGAUAGCGAGACGCGUACCCAUGCUGAGAACUUCAUCUGGUGUUGUGCUUCCAUGGUCAAUGGUUCAAGAUAGAUGAGCCAGCUUGUUCGAACCUCCGACAGAAGGUCCUGUCUUGCAUUAGUAAGCAACUGGUCUGCGUGAUAAGCAUCAGUAAGAGCAUCUUGAAUGUGUCAUUACCCCAGGCAUGUGUUUUUUACAAAAAUUUAAAUGUGAACGCUGGACUGCCCAGGCUUCAUGUGCCAUCACUAAUGUUGCCAUGUGUUACUCCUGUGACUCUUACACACCGAUGAUGAUGGUGUUGUUGCCUAGCCCAUGUCGGCUGCCAGUGUGUGCCAUCCUUCACUUUCAACGCAGAAGAGUUCUAUCUGCAACUCUGCAUUCUCUA